GCUGCUAGCGCAUCCGGCUGCAGUGCUGCGCGCGAAUCGCAGCAGCAGUCCCUGCAUCAGGACGCUGUCUGGGUGUCUCAGCAUGGCUCGGACACUCGCCAACCUACCAGCCAAGAUGUUCCUAUUUCCGUUGGCUCUCCUGGCGAUCACUUGCGUUCAAGCACAGGACACGUCUGCCAUACUCUCGGGAAUAUUGGGUUCCCUUACAUCCACAAGCAAAGCUCGGGGGUGUCCAGGAGAAUGUGUGCACGCCAUCACCGCCCUCUUGUGCGACCAAGUAGUGGACGAGAUUCAGUGCGGCGCCAGCUAUUUGCGUUGCUGCGUGCCUAAGGAGUUUAGCCUGGGCGGCACUGCAGUCGAGACCUCGGCGCCCUUAGCCGAAGACGAAAUGGUUCCUGCCACUUCACCUGCCACUGCAGUUGACGAAGACAGCAACGCCACCGUCCCUACUCCGCUCCCUCCGGUAACACCAGCAGUGGAAGCACCGCCACAGCCGCAGCAGCAGCGCCCGUCGUCAACGCCACCACCACCACCACCAUCGCCCACGCAGGUUCCGACGCAGCGUGACGUGUGUACUGGUGUAUGCGUCGGCAACGGACUGUCCCAGUACUGCCACCGCGUUCUUUCCUCGCCAUCCUGCGGUCCUGACGCCGUGUGCUGCACUUCCGCGGAUGGUCCCCCUCAGGCUGAACAACCGCACGACGGCACGCUUCAGCAGCAGCAACAGCAGCCAGAUCACUCUCCGUCCCGCGAUGCAGCCCAGGAACCGAAGCUUCCGGAAUGUCCCGGAUCGUGCGUGUCCCCGCUUCUCAGCAUCCUUUGCGACCACGUGUCUACGGUUCACUCGUGCCCGACGGGCGGUUCUUGCUGCGUCAGCGCGGCGGCCACGACCACAGAGCCUCCCAUACCGGCUUGCGACGGCCGCUGUCUUCCCCCCUUUUUGAGCGGCGUUUGUCAGAAGCCCGCGCAGCUCGUGCUUCGCACUACGACGUGUCCCAGCGGCACCAUCUGCUGCUCGCAGCCCGAGCGCGACCAGAGACCCGGAAACGGCUUUUUCGCGACGCAGCAUGGGACUCCAAUGCGUCAGCAGAGACCGCCGAUGCAGCAACAAAGGCCCUUCGGCGCCAUAAUACCGCAAGAGCGUCCGUACCAAAACCACCCGCAGGCGCACGACCAGCUGAAUGCGGUGAUACCCGUCGAUCAGGCCAUGAUGGAUCAGCUUGCCCUGGAGAGUGGCGGCGGAGGACACCGGCGACCGCAGCACGAGCACCUCGGAUCACCGCAGCAAGGCCGACCGGACGGUCCACGCAGGGAACCUCCUCAGCCGCCCCCGCAGGGACUGCCACAAGGUGGUGUUCGGCCGGUCAAACAGGGACUUGGUCCGCCGAAGCGAUUGAGGCCGUCCCAACAUCACCCUCCUGGUUCCCUGCAGCGCCCGGGACCCCGACCUCCCAGUCCCAGCAGCAUGGACUUUCAAGGGGACAACCAGCACGGUCCGCCCCCGAUCGGCUUGGCUAAUGACGAGUCGAACCAGCCGAUGCUCAGGCCAUUGAGGCCCUCCAACUCCGACGAGAGGCCGGGAGGCGGGGAGUCCAAUGCUCUUCCCGCUGCGCCGCAUCCACAACAUCAGCAGCACCAGCAGCAGCAGCAACAACAUCAGAGAGCUCCUCCGUGCCCGGGCAACUGCAUUUCGAGUUACCUGCGUUUCGCCUGCUUCGGCGAGAACGCCAUCCAUCCGAGGCUUUUGUGCCCGCAGGAAGGGCUCGUGUGCUGUGCUAACGUCGCUCAAGUGCAGAGGAUUGCGGAAGAAGCCGCGGCCGCCUCCCCAGCUGUCAGUGAAGACCAGUCGAGGCCGGAGAAUCCCCCGCCGCCUCCGCCGUCGCAACCCCCGCCACGGGCAGCCUUGAACCCUGACCCGGGAUCUCGACCUCCGCCACCGCCACCGCGGCAGGUGCCACGACCCGAGGCUCAGCAGCCGCCCGAGCGACAGCAGCGACCCAAGCCCGCAGCCGCUGCUCCUCCAAGGAAGAUGCUUCAGCAGCCGAACCUCUUGCUCCAAGACGCCGAGAUCGCGACCGCAUUGCCUUCCAGCACAACGAGGGCCCCUUCUGUGGCAAAGGGCCGCCGCCCGCCGCGCCCCUCUACGUGCGGCGUCAAAGGGGGCGGAUCAGGCUCCGGGCCCGACCGGCGUCAUGCGGCGCGGAUCACGGGGGGCAAGGACUCUGUCCCUGGAGAGUGGUGUUGGCAAGCGGCUUUGAUCAACUCACAGAACCAGUACCUAUGCGGAGGAGCUCUGAUCGGCACGCAAUGGGUUCUAACGGCAGCGCAUUGCGUCACUAGCUUGGUACGCAACGGGGAGCCCGUGUUUGUGCGCGUCGGCGACCACGACCUGGGCAGUGAGCGGGCGCACCCGGGAGCGCAGACGCGCCGCGUAGCUACUACCUACAUACACCACAACCACAACGGCCAGACGCUGGACAACGACAUCGCGCUGCUCAAGCUCCAGGGUGCCGUCCAGCUCAACCCACGCACCUGCCUCGUCUGCCUGCCCGCCCGCGGAGCGGCGCCGGCUCCCGGGGAUCGGUGCACCGUCACUGGAUACGGCUACGUGGGUGAAGGUGGACCCAUCGCGCUGCGUGUUCGUGAAGCAGUGCUGCCUGUCGUCGAGGACCGCGACUGCACGGCCAAGAUCAACGCGGUGACCGAGAAGCAGUUCCUGAUGCCGGCCAGCUCGUAUUGCGCCGGCGGGGAGAAGGGUGACGAUGCCUGCCAGGGUGACGGUGGCGGGCCCAUGGUGUGCCUGGUGGAUGGCUUCUACGAGCUGGCCGGCCUGGUGUCCUGGGGAUUCGGCUGCGGCCGGCCCGACGUGCCGGGAGUCUACGUCAAGGUGUCCGCCUUCAUCGGCUGGAUCAACCAAAUCAUCAGCGUCAACAACCUUUAGCACCUCGUCGUUCCCGAGACCAAAUCACUGGCUUCCUCCCCGGUUGCCUCCACGUGUCCGCAAGCGCAGACACUCCUCACAAAUCCCCGGUAUACGAGUUCCUCGGCAGAACGCGACGCGGUCUUAGUGCACCUGCGUUUCCGGCAGACAACGUCAGGCCACAAGGCUCCAAGGGACGAGUAUUCAGCGAACUUAGUACUAGCACUGUGCACAAAGCCAGAAACGUUGAUGACCUUGA